GUGUCGAGAUGCAUUUGUAAUUUCGUAUCAAACGAAAGUUGUUUACAGACGCUCACGCAAUCGAAGCGAAAUUGUCUAAAAGUUUUUCCAAGUGAUAUGGAGAUGCAUUUGCACUCUGUACUUCUUUUUUGUACGCUCAAAGAAAGCAAAUUGUUACAAUUCGAUUUCGUUCCUACUUCUGUCAAAUAGAAACAGAAAGUUACGAGCGAUUUUGAGGAUGUCUCGCUACCCUUGACUAAACAUAUACUUAUACUCGGUUCUGUGUUUGACAACCUUGCGGAUUGCGAAAACGGCAUUAACCAAGAGAUGGACGUUAACUUAAACGCGAAGCGACCGAAGACAAGAAAGAGAAAACGUCACUCGAAGAUUAAACGCCGGGAACAAGCCCGCCUUGAGGUUAGGUUUGCCAAACGUCGUAAACUCGUGGCUGGUGAACGUAAUGUUUACGUUUCUGUUAAGUCGAAGGAAAAACUAACGAACGCCAUGCAGGCGAACACAUUCUGGGAAAACUACAAAGCCGCUCACGAGUGGCAACAAAGGCAUAGUGUAGAGUGGUGGAAAUCACGGUGCGUUGCGCUGGAAUAUGAGAACGUUAUUCUGCGUGAUAAAAUAAGGGAGUUGACGUCAAACUCGAUUCGACACGGAGUCAAUGAUUCCUCUGUCAAGCAAGGCAGACGUAGAGGAGCACGGACUGAGAGCCUUCGACGAAGUAGUCGCAACAGGGGGGACGACGAAUGGCAGGAGCAAGAAGAAGCUUCAGAUAAUGAUAACCUGGAAUUUCAAGUUGAUGAAGAUAUGAUGAAGUUUUUCGAACAAACUAUUAGGCACAAGAUGGAAUUAAAGGAAAAACGGGACGUCGAAUCUGCCCGGGAAAAGGCAGAGCUUGAGGAGGAGGUUCCAAUGGAAGGUGGAGCCGCUUGGAUGCGGACUAAACUUGAAGGGGCUAAAUUACUUUACGGUACCGCUAGUCCCAGAAUCUUGGCCAUGGAAACCGCUCUGCAGGCUACAAACGAUCGGCACAAAGACCGAGCAAAGCCGCAGUACUGGCCAAAUAUUCCCCUGAAAUUGUAGAUAGUUAUUGGCGUUUUUUAUUUCACUGGUCGCUGGUAGCAAACUUCAUUUUCAUUUUGAAAGGCAGUUAGCUAGCUGUUAACGUAUUAGAUCCUGCUAUGAGCAUUGCGUAUUUAUUAAACUAAGUAUUAUCAUACAGCAAUUGCUUUGUGGACUUCAUAGUUUUAUGCGUAAUAUUUGGUUAAUAUCUAGCGAUAAUGUGUAUAUAUAUAUAUAUUUUCUAGUAGAGUUAUCCAAUGUUUAAACAUAAAUUACCAACAUUAAACUGCAGUAAAGUCGUUAUCAUUUCAUUCUCGAUUUUAACUCAGCAAUGUGGAAUUUCUUAUCACAACCUUGAUUGAUUUAAGAAAAGUUCAUCCGAAUAGCGUAAAUAUCGAAAAUUAAUAAUUAUGCUUUAGCAUCUAAAUUAGAUCUAAUUUUUCGUCUUUUGAAUACUAAAUGUGUAUGAAAUUUAGCUAUUAUCAAACCUACUCCAGUCAUUUUUCAGACCAACAUUCACUCUAUCAGCAAAUUGAUCUGCGUUCAUAAAUAAUUCGUGUGACGGCUAAUUAAAUUCAAAUUGCAAUAUCGCCCA